AUGACGAUUCCACUUUUGCUUCCUACAAUACAAAAACAAUUAAAAAUAAAGAUACUAUUUCCUGAAGUUGCAAAAUAUGAAUUGGUCAUUCAUAUCUUGAUUCUUUUAAUAGCAUGUCCAAUUAUAUUUUAUUUUAUUAUAAAAAUUGCAUUAAGUUGGAGUUAUUCUAAAGAAUACAAAUCUAGUCUUUUCAAAAUUAUUGUUUUUGGUAAGAUUUCUGAUGUUAUAACAGCACUUCUAUAUUUCACUAUAAGAUUCAUCAAAUAUUAUGUUCCAUUAGUAGAUUCAUUGGUUAAUAUGAAAAAUGAAGACCAAAACGUUUUAGUAAUAAUGUUUACGUUUAUAAGUAAUUUAACAAACUUUUUUAGUAUUGUUCAGUUAACACAAUGUUGUUAUAUGACAACAAUUAGAUUUGUUACAGUUUGGUUUCCAGUAAAUGGAAUUUUCUAUAUAGAAACUACUUCUACUUAUGGAAUAAUAACUGUUGUUUUACCAGCUUUUAUUUUAGCUCUUCUUCGUUUUGAAAAAUGCAAGGCCCCCUUUGAAUAUAACUUAAAUUACAUGAAAUAUAAUGAUAAUAGAUCAAUUUUAUUUGUUAAUUGCACGUACGUUGUCAAAGAUGGUUAUUUUGAUAAGACGAUAUCACUAUAUCGCUAUGUGAUGUAUAUUUCAGUGUCAUUGGCAAUUGUAUUAAUAAUUCUAACAUACUGGAGAAUGUAUUGUAUGAAAAGUAGUGUCAGUAAUGGUAAUAUAAAUAAUAAAAGAGAAGACCUUAAACGACAAUUUGGUAUCCGUAUAACAAUCUAUGUUUUUAUUGAUAUUAUUAAUAACAUUUUUCAAUGUAUUGUGGAGCAAAUUUUUAUUUCUUAUAAAGAUGAAGAUCCAGACAUAAGUUGGAAAUUGAUAGCGGGAAUGAUAAAACCAUAUAUGAAUGAUGUAAACUUAAUUACUACAACAAUAGCAUUGUUUGUUCUGGUAAAAAAUUUAAGACCAAAAUUUUUAACAUUUAAUUAUUUAAAAAAACUAUUUAUCAAAUCUAAUCACGUAUUUCCUAUUUAA